AUGAAUUGUAGAUUUCGUGUAGUUGAAGAGGUUUGGUGUGAUCCUAAUCCAGAUCAUGAUAAGACCAGCAAUGCAACUGCAAGUGAUCCAUCAGGGUAUGAUUUAAAUGCAGACCAUAUAGCUGAAUCCAAGGCUCCAUAUACUCUAAUUGUAAGUAAUGCUUUAGCAUUUGGAAAAUUGCUUCUUUUGUUUGUAUCUUGACGCAGCUUCAUGUUUGCAUAUGUUAAUGUUAAUCAAGAGCAAUGUGAAUGAUAUUUCUUUGUAAGCAGCUUUUUUCUCUGCAGUAUUUGAGAACUGGGAGUAAUUAUUCACCAUUUUUGUCGUAUUUUAACAAUGUAAGACGGUUUUAAAGUUCAAAGUCAAGACAAUAUCUGUGUUAGAAGCAAUACAAUAGUGAUCACUCAAAACUAUGUGGUGUCGGACCGAGGCCUUCAGACAUUUCGACAAGAACAGUGCCACUAGGUUCGAGUUUAAUGGUCCGAAUUUUCAAACCUCUGUUAGAUCGUUAUCAGUCAGUAUCAUCAAUGAAAAUGGAUCCUCGCUCCUCAUUUGGCUGAUCCCUCAAAUUGCUGUUUCUCUCUGAUUUUCGGGAAACGAUUUCAAAGUCAGUCUUUGAUGAGGACGGAAUCAUUGUUCAGGGUUCGCUUGUGGCUGAUGGACUAGGUGUAACUUGUUGGUGGGUCAACUGAUGCAAAUCCUCUGAACUGUUCUACUAUAACAACAACUACUACCACUACUAACAAGAUUCAACAAUACCGUAUUUUUAGAAAAUGUACAUUAAAAUAGGAGAACACAUUUGUUUUCACCUCUUCUUUAUUUGGAAAAAGUCGACAACAAAAACCAUUUAUAUUUCUGUAUACUGAACAGACAUGAAAAUAAAAUAAAGAAUAUUAGCUUCUUUUUACAGCUUAUCACAGAAAAAUAAAACGCUGAAAGUCAAACUCAGACAGUUUUAUCCAUUAAAAAAGAAAAGAAUUUGUUAAGGGAUAGUGGUUUAAAAAGUUUCAGUGCAUACAUGUGAAUAUAUCAUGGUUAUCUUUUAUUUUUAAAAGAUUUUCUGAGUAAAUUAUGC